CAAAACGUCAAAAAAGCGCAAAUCAAAACAAUCACAAAUAUUUAUGUUAGUUAUUUUUAUUGAUAUCAUUGUGUAAUAAAGACUGAUAAGAAGAGAGUAUGUAGGUAUUGAUAAGACAUUGACACUGUUGAACUGGAUAUCAAAGGAAUAAUACAUACUCACAUGAUGUCGUCUGAUCUAGGACCAGAGCACCCAAGGAACUUGAUCCCCGAACUGUGCAAGCAGUUCUACCACCUCGGCUGGGUUACCGGCACCGGUGGAGGGAUCUCUAUUAAAGAUGGAGAUAAGAUCUACAUAGCUCCAUCGGGAGUGCAGAAGGAGCGGAUGCAACCUGAUGACCUGUUUGUGCAGACCAUUGACGGUGCUGACUUGGAACUACCUCCGCCGGAGAAAAAGUUAAAGAAGAGUCAAUGCACGCCCCUCUUCAUGGUGGCCUACAGACAGUGUGGGGCGGGGGCGGUGAUACACACACACUCACCCCAUGCGGUCCGAGUCACUCUGCUCUGGGAAGGAGAUGACUUCCGCAUCACGCAUCAGGAGAUGAUCAAGGGCAUAAAAGACGCGAAACGCAACGCCUACCUCCGCUACGAUGACACUCUCACAGUGCCCAUCAUAGAGAACACUUGCUUCGAGCGAGACCUGGAGAGUUCCCUGGCGGCGGCGGUGGCGCGGAGACCUGAGACUUGUGCAGUGUUGGUCAGAAGACAUGGACUGUAUGUGUGGGGGGACACAUGGCAACAGGCGAAGACUAUGGCUGAAUGCUUCGACUACCUGUUCGAGAUGGCGGUGGAGAUGAAGCGACUCGGCCUCGACCCUGAGGCAGUUCCGGGGAAGAAGACUCAGUGAUGUCUUCGUUGUUGUGACGACAAAACAUUCAGGGCCUUACCACAAAAACUUAGACCGUAUUUAAUAGGUGUUUAGCGCUGUUAAACAGUGUUUUAAGUUUUUGUGGUAGUACAGUCACUCUCCAUCAUCAUUCAAAGAAACUCCACUAUUGCUGAAUCUAUUUGGUUAGGUAAUCUGUACAAAUAUGAGUUAGGUUAUUAUGUAUGUUAUCAAUCAUUAUCACUGCAUUUAAUUGAUACAGGUGCAAGGGUCUUUGUAGAGCCUAUGGUUCAUACCACUUUAGAUUAUUUGUCUACUCAUAUAUUAUGUAAUGUACAGUGAAAUGCCUAAUACAGUUUUUAUAUAGAUAGUUUUAUUAUUAGUCAUUUGCGUAAGUAUACCAAAUUAUUAUAAACAUGUUGUUAUUUAUGUAAAUAAAAUCAAAGUCUUUUCCAAAGAU